AUGCAAUUCUCUAUUACCGCUGUUCUCUUGAGUCUCGCCGCCGUCUCCUCGGCCGCCAUCGCUGAUGUCGAGGGUGUCCGUAACGUCGAACGCAGCUCGCUCGUUCUCGAGGCCCGCCAGAACAAGCCCAAGGCAACCGGCAACUGCUGUAUUCCCAACACGUCUCUGAAGCAAGAUGCUUGCACUGAUGCUGCCGGAGCUGCCGGCAAGUGCGUACCAGGAGGCCCCGCGGCAUGCGGUGGUGCUCUGAACUGUGUUGCAACCACCAGUCUGUCAUGCGACAAUAACGUGAAAGAACGCUCUGGUGUCCUGUGCCGUUUCAAGCUGCCUAACGGCAAGCUCCAGGACGGCGUCAACCAAAUCAGUAACCUGGGCCAGGCCAAGGUCAAUUAA